GGCGGCGGCGGCGGCGAGGACGGCGGCGACGGCAGCGGGCGAGGGGGCGGUGGCUACGAGAGGGUUGUCGAGGAGCCGGAAGAGGCUUCUGAGCCCGCUGCUAGGUCGCAGAAGAACAUCGUCCGGAUCCACUGUUACCUCUUCUACAAGAUGAGUAACAGCCAUCCUCUUCGCCCCUUUACUGCAGUGGGGGAAAUUGAUCAUGUGCACAUUUUGUCUGAACAUAUUGGUGCCUUGUUGAUUGGGGAAGAAUAUGGUGAUGUCACAUUUGUUGUGGAAAAGAAACGUUUUCCUGCCCACCGGGUAAUUUUAGCAGCGAGGUGCCAAUAUUUUCGAGCAUUACUGUAUGGUGGAAUGAGAGAAUCUCAACCUGAAGCAGAAAUCCCUCUUCAAGACACCACUGCAGAAGCAUUCACAAUGCUACUUAAAUACAUUUACACUGGGCGGGCAACGUUGACAGAUGAGAAGGAGGAGGUGCUGCUGGACUUUUUGAGCCUGGCUCACAAAUAUGGAUUUCCAGAGCUGGAGGAUUCUACCUCUGAGUAUCUCUGCACCAUACUUAACAUUCAGAAUGUCUGUAUGACUUUUGAUGUUGCCAGUCUCUACUCACUUCCCAAGUUAACUUGCAUGUGCUGCAUGUUUAUGGACAGAAAUGCUCAGGAGGUGCUCUCAAGUGAAGGCUUUCUCUCCCUUUCUAAGACAGCACUUUUAAACAUCGUAUUAAGAGAUUCAUUUGCAGCUCCCGAAAAAGAUAUUUUCCUAGCCUUGUUAAACUGGUGUAAGCACAAUUCAAAGGAGAAUCAUGCUGAAAUCAUGCAGGCUGUGCGUUUGCCUCUGAUGAGCCUCACCGAACUUCUGAAUGUUGUGAGGCCUUCGGGACUGCUGUCUCCUGAUGCCAUUCUGGAUGCUAUUAAAGUUCGAUCAGAGAGCCGGGAUAUGGACCUCAAUUACAGAGGCAUGCUCAUACCAGAAGAAAACAUUGCAACUAUGAAGUAUGGAGCCCAGGUUGUAAAAGGAGAGCUGAAAUCUGCCUUACUAGACGGUGAUACUCAAAAUUAUGAUUUGGACCAUGGAUUUUCCAGGCAUCCAAUUGAUGAUGACUGCCGUUCUGGCAUUGAGAUUAAGCUAGGUCAGCCAUCCAUUAUCAAUCACAUACGGAUACUCCUGUGGGACCGAGAUAGCCGGUCUUAUUCAUACUUCAUUGAAGUGUCAAUGGAUGAACUUGAUUGGAUCAGAGUGAUUGAUCAUUCACAGUAUCUAUGUCGUUCUUGGCAAAAGUUAUAUUUUCCAGCCCGUGUCUGCAGGUAUAUUCGAAUAGUUGGGACUCACAACACAGUGAACAAGAUUUUUCACAUUGUGGCUUUUGAAUGUAUGUUUACAAACAAAACCUUCACUCUCGAGAAGGGCCUGAUAGUUCCUAUGGAGAAUGUUGCAACAAUUGCUGAUUGUGCCAGUGUGAUUGAAGGAGUCAGUCGAAGCCGAAAUGCCUUGUUAAACGGGGACACCAAGAAUUAUGAUUGGGAUUCUGGCUAUACAUGUCACCAGCUAGGAAGUGGUGCAAUUGUGGUUCAACUGGCACAGCCAUACAUGAUUGGGUCAAUACGGUUGUUACUUUGGGACUGUGAUGAUCGAAGCUAUAGCUACUACAUUGAGGUUUCCACCAAUCAGCAACAAUGGACCAUGGUGGCCGACAGAACUAAAGUCUCCUGCAAGUCCUGGCAAUCAGUAACCUUUGAAAGACAGCCUGCCUCCUUCAUCCGAAUCGUUGGAACACACAAUACAGCAAAUGAGGUGUUCCACUGUGUCCACUUUGAGUGUCCGGAGCAGCAGAGCAGCCAGAAAGAGGAAAACAGCGAGGAAUCAGGGGCAGGGGACACCGGCCCGGCCGGUCAGCAGCUGGAGCCCCGCGCCCUGCAGGCCCCCAGCGGCAGCUCGCUGCCCUCCAGCCCAGGCGCCAACUCUCGCUCAUCCAGCCGGCAGCACCAAUAAAGGGGGCGCUGAUGUGCAGUGACCCGGUGGGCCCAGAUGGCAGCAGGAACUGGUGUCCUCUUGAGCAGGGAUCUCUGUUGGCGGCCCCUCCCCCCUUCCAGGCAGGAGCAGACCUGGCUGCAAACGCAGACACAGGUUUGCUCCCAAGGACAGGAAGGGGCUGCUUUGUUCUCCUCAAUUUGUUCAAAUCAGGCUGGUCUCCAGGGGGAGAAAAUGGGUCUUCAAUCUUCAUCAGUCUGCCAUUAACACCCUACCUCUCUCAUCUAACCCAGGCAAGGGCACAAAGGAAGCAACAGACAGGCGUGUCGGGAGAAGAAACGGCGUGUGACUCUUGAAUGGAGGAGAACGGACCGGGCUUUAGUACCUUUAGGAAAUGGGUUUCCACAUCGCCCUGGCAACCAAAUGAUUUUUUAUUUCUUUUAGUUAUUCUCCAUUUGCUGAAUCAUGUGUGUUCCAGAUCUUUUUGAAAUGCUCAAACAGCAAAUCACUUGUUUUAAUCCCUUUGACGCUGUAACUUUCCUUCCUUAGUUUUGAGAGGGGUGGAGCGAGAGGCAUGUGCCUAGCUCCUAAGUGCGGCACACGUGCAGCUCAUUGUGACAGGAAAACUCUUUUGAGGAAGUUCAACAAAACACACAACCUGUGGACACUGGAGUUAAUAAGCACUCGAACGCUGGGUUAUUGACCUGUCCUUCCUGAAGUGUAUCCAGCCUUUGGGAGGUUGACAAGGAAAUUAUUAUUAUGCCACCUGCUAAUUUAAUGUUCAGAAAUCUGUGUGUAUAAACAUGCACCAGCUCUCAGUUGUGCUGGACCUGUCCUCAAAUCGCUAGUUUGGCCCAGGGCAGGCAGGGAGGCCGGCUAGUAGUGAUAGGAAUACAAAUCCAGCCUUUGCAUGCGGUGCAGUGUUCGCUGGUUGCCAUGUUUGUUCCCCAGAUCCCAAUACUCAACCAGGGAUUGAAGAAAAAGCAGUUCUAAGAUGCUUUCCUCCUAAUCUUCACUGAAAUGAUCCCAUCUGACUGCCCAGCUUCACCUGGCACUGUUGACCCUCUUCCUUAGUCACUCCCAUUCCUUUGUCCCUUUGUAACUAUCAGAUUCCUGCUGCUGUUUGCACAUCUGCAGAGUUCUCCCUUUGCUGGCUGGCGGUCAGCUCCACGCCCUGUGACCUGCUCAGAGCGGGGCUGGGGCUUCCAGGGGGUCGUUCCCAGUGUCGUAAAGACACAUUGAUUGUGGGUAUACAAAGAGCAAUGGGAUAACUAACUUCUUUCCUCAUGUAGCUGAGUUCUGGGUGACGACUGAAAUAGGGCAGCAUCGUACGCAGGACUCGCCAGCAGCCUGUCUCCGGUGUGAGUGCAGGUGGGAGGAAAAGCCACGGGGCUCCCCAUCUCCCUGCCCCCUCACUCUCUGAUCCCCACCCACCUGCCCUUGCGUGGGAUGAGCAGGACCCCUGAGAGUGCCAGGCAUUUGAAAACUGGAGGAGGCUCCUGUAGCCAGUGGUGAUGCUGCCCGCUCGCGGCGGGUGGCCGCCCUCCGUCAGCCUCCAGCCCCAGGCCGCCUGCCCAUUAGCUGGGGAAUUCCUGUCCACUCAGCACUCCUUCCAGCCGCGCGCCGUCACUGAGCAGCCGGAGAGGUCAGAGCAAGGGCGCAGUGCAAAUGCUUUGAAAGGGUCACCUACUGAAGGGCUUGUAUUUAAACUCUGACGUCCCCUGUUCAGAGAGGAGCCCCGGGCUCAGAGGCCACCCUGUGGGCGGGGCUGUGGGGUGGGCUGGUGAUGGGUCUGUCAGUUCUGCCCACGCGGCACACCUCACCGUCCCAGGCCAGGUACUAAAUGCCACCCGGCCACUCGGCCUCGCAUCCGAAGGGCAACAGACUGCGUCAGAAGCCUCAGCUCUAGACCCACAUCAGUGCCCUCCCCACCAGGCCCACCUCCUCCCCGUCUCCUGGGAAUUUCCUUUGGAGUUUGCACCUUCCAGAUCCCUGCCCUAGGUCUGUCUUGAGAGAACAGAGUUUGUCUCCCUCCCCCUCUCCUCCUGCACUUCAGGUAUGUGUGUUACUGGGUAAGAGGAAGGAAGGAUGACUGAGUCUGAUAACAUGACAGCAGCAGAGGCGCUAUGCACCGAGGUUCCACUUUGACCUUCCCCGAAGCCACCAGCUUGCCUCCCGCAGGUCCCCUGGCCCACGCUGACAAAGGCCAGCGAAUCCUGCUCUGGCUGCCUCCUGGGACCAGGCUCGGGGCUUUGCCUUCCCUGAUGGGCCUUCUGAUGUGGGAGCAGGAGGGGUUCUUUCUGUGCACUGGCUGGGCCAGGGCCUGCUGGUCGGGGCCGGAGACCCCACUCACGCUGUGUCACAGCAGACAGACUUAGACUGGGGCCUGGAUUUUCAGGGCAUGAGGGAUGAGUGGGGAACCGUGGAAAGUCCCCAGACGACUGGCUCUCUCCAGAACCCUGGCUGAGCCUGCGGAGGACUUGUCCCCUGUGGCCAACUGGACCAAAAUGUCCUGAAGCCGUAAAGAGGCCAAGGGAGCUAACUGGGGCUGCGGAUGACAAGAUGGGCCGGCACGCAGCUGAAGGUGUCUCCAGACGCUCGGAGCCCUCAGCCCAGCGGAGGUGGGUUCUGUCCGCUGGCAGCGGGAAGGUGCGGCUCCGCCUCUGUGAGGGCACCGCCUGGGUGGUGUGCGGUUUGAGGAAAGGUCAGGCGAAGCUGGACCCGCAGCAGAGGUGGACAGAGGGAUGCUUGCGACCUCUGGCCUUUUAUUGUGAUGUUUGUCAAUCACAAACUAAAACAACAGCUUUGUAACCACCACCCAGGUCAAGAAAUAGCUCACUGCCAGAACCCGCUGCUCUUCAUUUCACAUCUUUUGUUUGCUUGUUUUUUAGGAGUAAAAAGCAAACUUCAUUAGGGAUUUUGGGGAAAGCUUUCAAAAUCGCCUUCUGGCAGCUUCUUGGAGGGCCGGUUGGGGCAGCCCUGAGCGUGCUG